GAACAGCUAUCAGCGAGCCAUAGCCAGUCAUGAAUACAUUACAGUGAAACUAAGCACCUUUCACUCACUCGCAUUUAUCACCUAGCUUCAAGGCGCAACAACAACCCUCCACCAUGCCGCGCCACCACCAUAUCCUCCGUCGCAACCACAACCAACCCGACACGUCCUCCCCGACAGAUUCCCAACAUCAACAAUACCAACAACGCCAGCAGCAGCAGCAACCACCCCCAGCACCUCAGCGCAGCAGCACACACCGCACCCGUCUUGGCCAACACCCUCGUCCCCCUCACCAGCACCAUGACUCCCCGACCUCGCAAUUCCGGACCCCGCCGUCGCGCAGCGGCUUUCCCAUCCCUCGUCUCCAUCCUUCCUCGGGCCCGAUAGACGAUCCAACCCACCCGCUGCAUAGUCAUCAGCAAGCGCAGCAGCAAGCACAUCAGCAGCAGCACCAGCAGCGCCACCAACACCCCGCAGCAGCGGCCGCGCAAGUCGCGUUGUUUUCCUUGUUCGGACGAGGGGUUCACGGCCGCGGGCACGGGGAUGCCCAGCGGCAUCGGGGACAUCCGCCACAUGAUCGCACGGGACAUGAGGAUGAAGAGGAUGAAGAGGGGGAGGACGAUGAGGAGGAGGAGGAUGAUCUCGACGAUUCCAUGCAGCAGCACCACCACCAAUAUCCCUCUCACCGUCGGCAGCGGCGUCGUCAUGAUCCGCGGGGGAUCGGAGAGGUGGGUCAAUUCUCGGAUGAGGAUCCCACGGGGGAUGUUUCCGACGAAGACGAGGAAUUUGCAGGGGAUGAUGAAAAUGAUGUUGUCAUUGGGAAUGACGGGGUUGAGGAAGAUGAGGAGGAGGACGAAGAAGUGCUGGAGGAAGGGGAGGAGGAUGAGGAUAUGCUUGCGGACGCGGAUGUGGAUGGUGAUGAGGAGAUGAUGGGUGAGAGAGACAAAUCCCCCACCCCGCUCCCCGUCAACCUCCGCGAAAUCUCCUCCCUCGCCUCAUGGACCGUCUCUACCCACAAACCAGGUUGCGGCGUCGGCGCCCUCCGCCACCCGUCCCCAACCCAGUACUGGCAGUCCGAUGGCCCGCAGCCGCACACGUUGACCCUGCACUUCUUCAAGCUCGUCGCCGUGGUGCGCAUCCGCGUCUACCUGGACUUCGAGAUGGAUGAGAGCUACACGCCCACCAAGAUGGUGUUCCUGGCCGGCAUGGGCGGCAAUGAUCUCGUCGAGUUUGCGACCUGGGAAGGGGAGGGUCCGUGUGGCUGGGUCGAUGUGGAAUUGGAAGGGGUGGGUGGGAGGAAUACGGUGCAUGCGCAUGCGUAUGGGGAGAGGAGGAGGGGUGCUGGUGCUGCAGGAGCUACGAGGAAGAGGAAGAUGAUGAUGUCCGGAUGGAAAGGGGCGGUGAGGACCAGGAGUCAGAGGAAGGGAGUCAAAGGUACUAUCACUAGUAGGAGAGGAGGAGCAGCAGCAGCAGCAGGGGUGACGGGAAAAGCCAACAAGGGCAAAGGCAGGGAUUUAGGUGACGGGAAUGGGAAUGAUGAUGAUGUGAUGAUGGUGGAUCAGGACGAGCACGAGCACGAGCACGAAGACACUGACGAGGAUUUGCAUGAAGAUGCGGGCGAGUACAUGGCUGAUCAGGUUGACGAGGAAGAUGACGAAGAGUACGACGAUGAUAAUGACCAAUACGCGGGCAACGUGCUCAAGGCCAUGGUCAUUCAGAUGAAGGUCACCGAGAACCAUCAGAACGGCAAGGACACUCAUGUCCGCGGCUUCCAGGUCUUUGCACGCGAUGAAGAGCGCAGGCGCUUGGCUAAUGCCCCGUCCGCCUCGGCGGAUGGUCGGGUGCGCCGACACAGUGCGCGUCGGUCCCUGCGGGGGAGCACGCACGAUGAGAUGACCGAGGGCGGCCUUGGAGCUGGCAGCGCUGGCCGGGAGCAUGCAGUGGCUGAAGCCGAACGCGCCGUCAAGGGAGUGGUGACCAGCCUGGAGGAGCCGGAUUGGAUGGGCGAGCCGAUCAUCCGGUAGGAUGGACAAUUGCAUUUGCAUCGCAUUCGCAUUGGAGUUGGUUCGAUAGAUGAUACCCUUUAUUCUUCUCUAAUUGAACUUCCUUUCCUUUCCUCAAUGCAC